GUAAUAGAUGCAAGGCAGAAGAUGCUAUUGGAUGUAAUAGAAUCAUCCAGGUCCUGGCUGACAAAUACCCAGAAUUUAAAAACUGUGUCUGCACUACAGAUUAUUUCUGUAGCAUCGUUACUUUGCUUGGGAAAGGAGUGCAAAAGCCUGUCUUUAUAAUUGAGAAUUACUUGGUGCACAAAAGGCUUGCAGUUUCUGAUCCAGUGUCUCCUGGAGUAACAAUUAGCAAAACUGACAUAAGAGAGUACUCCCAAGAGAGCCAAGCUUUAGCAGCUAGUGAAAAUGAUAAUGAUGAAGAUGAUCACAAUGAUGAUGAUGGUGAUGAUGAUGAUGAUGAUAAAAAUCAGGACACCAACACAGAAAAUAUUAAUACGGAAACAAAAUUGCAAUGGAGUUUAUCUGCUCUCUCCAAAAAAGCAUACACAGCAAACAGAACCUGUUUGGAUGUGAACAAGGAGUGUGUUGAAGAUGAAGUAUGUAACAAACAGUUGUCCCUGUACCUUAGGGUUUGCUCAGUAAGUAAGUGCAACAUGGAAGAGUGUCAAGCAGCCAUAAGAUUCUUCUAUCAAAAUAUGCCUUUUGAAGUUGCCCAAAUGAUGACAUUUUGUGAUUGUAUCCAGCCUGAUGUAUCCUGUCAGAGAGCAAAGGAACUUCUCCAUGGCAAGCCCUGUGCAGUUACUGCAGUCCCACCCCCAUCAUGUCUGAAUGUAAUCCACCUGUGUGAAAAGAAUGAAUUGUGCAGGAAAAAAUACUCAACUUUUCGGUCAAAGUGUUGGAGACAUGUGACAAAAAGGUGCUAUGAAGAUGAAGCUUGUUUGGAAAUGUUAAUCAAGGGUGACAUGCCCUGUUCUGCAAGCGCUGAUUGCAAAGCAGCCUACAUUGGAAACUGGGGCACGAUGCUGCGUGUGGAGUGUACCUGCCAGAAUUUAACCCCUGUGGAGCUGUCUCUGUGCAAGCUCUUCCAUCACAUGCUUCACAGCAAAUCCUGCUUCAGUGACUUAC